UCAGGCCAUAAAUGGGAGGAAGGACGGGGCUCCAGAGCCAGAGCCUAGGAAGCCAGGUGACCGGGCGGCAAGAGCCUCUCUCCUCUGUCACCUCCUGUAGUUGGGAGCACGCACGAUGUCGCUGGUGGCACUGCCCUUCUACCAGAAGAGACACCGGCACUUUGACCAGUCCUACCGUAACAUCCAGACCAGGUACCUGCUGGACGAGUAUGCAUCCAAAAGGAGGGCGUCCUCCCGGUCAUCCCAGAAGUCCCUGAAGCAGCAGUCAUCCGCACAGAGCGCGUCUGGCCAGACCUUGACCGGAGGGACAACCUGCCAGCUCUGUGCCAAGCGGCUGAGCGCCUCGGAGGAGGAGCAUAAGAAUGAAAGAAGGUACCAGUCCCUGGUGGCUGCCUAUGGAGAGGCCAAGCGGGAGCGCUUCCUCAGUGAGCUGGCCCAGCUGGAGGAGAACGUGCACCUGGCGCGGUCCCAGGCCCGGGACAAGCUGGACAAGUACGCCCUGCAGCACCUGCAGGUGGAGGACCAGAUGGCGUGGGAGAGACACGCGUUUGAGGAGCGUGUGAGCAGGGCCCCUGAGAUCCUGGUGCGGCUGAGGUCCCACACCGUCUGGGAGAAGAUGUCCGUGAGGCUCUGCUUCACCGUGCAGGGCUUCCCCACGCCCGUGGUACAAUGGUACAAAAAUGGCAGCCUGAUCUGCCAGGCAGGUGAGCCAGGGAAAUACCGGAUUGAGAGCAAGUAUGGCGUGCACACUCUGGAGAUCAACAGGGCGGACUUUGAUGACACUGCGACCUACUCGGCAGUGGCCACCAAUGGGCACGGACAGGUGUCAACCAACGCUGCGGUGGUGGUGAGAAGGUUCCGAGGCGACGAGGAGCCACUCUACUCCGUGGGACUCCCAAUCGGACUGCCCCUGUCCUCGGUGAUCCCGUACACACACUUCGAUGUUCAGUUCUUGGAGAAAUUUGGAGUUACCUUCCGAAGAGAGGGUGAGACGCUCACGCUCAAGUGCACACUGCUGGUGACCCCAGACCUGAAGAGGGUGCAGCCACGGGCCGAGUGGUACAGGGACGAUGUGCUGCUGAAAGAGUCAAAGUGGACCAAGAUGUUCUUUGGAGAAGGCCAGGCGUCGCUGUCCUUCAGCCACCUGAACAAGGACGACGAGGGCCUGUACACCCUGAGAAUUGUGUCCCGAGGCGGAGUCAGCGACCACAGUGCCUUCCUGUUUGUCAGAGAUGCUGACCCGCUGGUCACAGGGGCUCCAGGAGCACCCAUGGACCUGCAGUGUCAUGAUGCAAACCGAGACUAUGUCAUCGUCACGUGGAAGCCACCCAACACCACCACCGAGAGCCCUGUCCUCGGCUACUUCAUUGACCGAUGUGAAGUGGGAACUGACAACUGGGUUCAGUGCAACGAUGCCCCAGUGAAGAUCUGCAAGUACCCYGUGACGGGACUUUUCGAAGGACGGUCUUACGUGUUCCGCGUGAGGGCCGUCAACAGUGCCGGCGUCAGCAGACCUUCCAGGGUCUCCGAUGCUGUGGCUGCCCUUGACCCUGCUGACCUCAGAAGGUUACAAGCAAUUCACCUGGAGGGAGAGAAAGAGAUCGUGAUCUACAAGGACGACCUUGAAGGUGAUGUUCAGAUCCCAGGCCCUCCCUCCAAUGUGCACGCCUCCGAGAUCAGCAGAACUUACGUGGUCCUCAGCUGGGACCCGCCCACGCCCCGGGGCAAGGAGCCCUUAAUGUAUUUCAUUGAGAAGUCUGUGGUUGGGAGUGGCAGCUGGCAGCGUGUCAAUGCCCAGACGGCCGUGAGGUCCCCUCGGUACGCGGUCUUUGACCUUGCAGAGGGGAAGUCGUAUGUGUUCCGCGUUCUGUCAGCCAACAAGCAUGGCCUGAGCGAUCCGUCGGAAAUAACGCCCCCCMUCCAAGCUCAGGAUGCCAUUGUGGCCCCUUCUGCCCCUGGCCGAGUCCUUGCUUCGCGGAACACCAAGACAUCCGUGGUGGUGCAGUGGGACAGGCCGAAGCACGAGGAGGCCCUGCUGGGCUACUACGUGGACUGCUGCGUGGCUGGGACUAACCAGUGGGAGCCGUGCAACCACAAGCCCAUCGGAUACAACAGGUUUGUGGUGCACGGUUUGACCACGGGCGAGCAGUACAUCUUCCGUGUUAAAGCCGUCAACGCUGUGGGCAUGAGCGAGAACUCGCAGGAGUCGGAAGUCAUCAAGGUCCAGGCGGCCCUGACCGUCCCAUCCCACCCAUAUGGGAUCACACUUCUGAACUGUGAUGGUCACACCAUGACCCUGGGCUGGAAGGUGCCCAAGUUCAGCGGCGGCUCAGCCAUCCUGGGUUAUUAUAUAGACAAGCGUGAAGCUCACCACAAGAACUGGCAUGAGGUCAACUCCUCUCCUGUUCAGCAGAGGAUCUUAACGGUGGAGGGCUUGGUGGAGGGCUCAUUAUAUGAGUUCAAAAUCGCUGCCGUCAACCUGGCGGGGAUCGGACAGCCAUCGGACCCCAGUGAGCUCUUCAAGUGCGAGGCRUGGACAGCACCAGAACCCGGUCCUGCCUAUGACUUGACGUUCUGUGAGGUCCGGGACACCUCUCUGGUCAUGCUGUGGAAGGCCCCCGUGUAUGCAGGAAGCAGUCCUGUGUCUGGGUACUUGGUGGAUUUUAAGGAAGAAGAUUCUGGGGAAUGGAAGACGGUGAAUGAGGUGGCAACUCCAAAUCGUUAUUUGAAGGUCUGUGACCUGCAUCGAGGUAGGACGUACGUGUUCCGAGUGAGGGCAGUGAACGCCAGUGGGCCGGGGAAGCCCUCCGACACGUCAGAGCCUGUGCUGGUGGAGGCCAGGCCAGGCACGAAGGAAAUCAGCGCUGGCGUGGACGAGGAAGGCAACAUCUACCUGAGCUUUGACUGCCAGGAAAUGACGGACGCCUCUCAGUUCACCUGGUGCAAGUCCUACGAGGAGAUAGCCGAUGAGGAGCGGUUCAGCGUGCACACGGAAGGCGACCACUCGAAGCUGUACUUUAAGAAUCCAGAUAAAGUGGACGUGGGGACCUAUUCGGUGUCCGUGAGUGACACGGAUGGCGUGUCCUCCAGUUUUGUUCUGGAUGAGGAAGAGCUUGAGCGUUUGAUGGCGCUGAGCAAUGAGAUAAAGAAUCCCACCAUUCCUCUGAAAUCAGAAUUAGCUUAUGAGAUUUUCGACAAGGGCCAGGUCCGCUUCUGGCUCCAGGCUGAGCAAUUAUCGCCAGACGCCAGCUUCCGAUUCGUCAUUAAUGACAGAGAGGUCUCAGACAGCGAGACACACAGAAUCAAGUGUGACAAAUCAACUGGCGUCAUUGAGAUGGUGAUGGAUCGGUUCACCAUUGAGAAUGAAGGCACCUACACUGUGCAGAUUCAGGAUGGAAAAGCCAAGAGUCAGUCUUCCCUGGUUCUCAUUGGAGAUGCCUUCAGGACCGUCCUAGAAGAGGCUGAGUUUCAAAGGAAGGAGUUUCUCAGGAAGCAAGGCCCUCACUUUGCUGAGUAUCUGCACUGGGAUGUCACGGAAGAAUGUGAGGUUCGGCUGAUGUGUAAGGUUGCAAACACCAAGAGAGAAACGGUUUUCAAGUGGCUCAAGGAUGAUGUUCUGUAUGAGACUGAGACCAUGCCUGACCUGGAGAAGGGGAUCUGUGAGCUGCUCAUACCAAAGUUGUCCAAGAAGGACCACGGUGAAUACAAGGCGACCUUGAAAGAUGACAGAGGUCAAGACGUGUCCACCCUUGACAUAGCUGGCAAAGUGUACGAGGACAUGAUUCUGGCRAUGAGUCGGGUCUGUGGGGCGUCUGCCUCUCCACUGAAGGUCCUGUGCACCCCGGAGGGCAUCCGGCUCCAGUGCUUCAUGAAGUACUUCACAGAGGAAAUGAAGGUCAACUGGUACCACAAAGAUGCCAAGAUCUCGUCCAGCGAGCACAUGCGGAUAGGAGGCAGUGAGGAGAUGGCCUGGCUGCAGAUCUGUGAGCCCACCGAGAAGGACAAAGGCAAAUACACUUUUGAGAUUUUUGAUGGCAAAGACAACCAUCAUCGCUCACUUGAUCUCUCUGGACAAGCCUUCGAUGAAGCCUUUGCGGAGUUCCAGCAACUCAAGGCUGCGGCUUUUGCAGAGAAGAAUCGUGGCAAGGUGAUCGGAGGCCUGCCUGAUGUGGUGACCAUAAUGGAAGGCAAGACCCUCAAUCUGACCUGCACGGUGUUUGGAAACCCGGACCCUGAGGUGGUUUGGUUCAAGAACGACCUGGGCCUGGAGCUCAGUGAGCACUUCUCAGUGAAGGUGGAGCAGGCCAAGUACGUCAGCCUGACCAUCAAGGGGGUGACCUCCGAGGACUCCGGGAAGUACAGCAUCAACGUCAAGAACAAAUACGGGGGAGAGAAGAUCGACGUCACCGUCAGCGUGUACAAGCACGGGGAGAAGAUCCCGGACGUCCCGCCGCCCCAGCAGGCCAGACCCAAGCUCAUCCCAGCGUCCUCCUCUGCGGCAGCGGAAUAGGGUCCCAGCCUAGGGUGGGCGGGAGGGGCUAGAGGUCACGGGGUGCCGUGUGCUGUGUGAGCGAGUGCCACCUGAGUGGGCUGCAUGUGCGUCCAGAGCGGUCACGCGUUAGUUUCUGGUUUGGGCGUUUGGUGAUUGUCCUCAUUGGCUUUUCCCAAGGCUGGACGGCUUCUGUGCUCGUGGGGCCAGGACACAGCUCUGUUCUCCUGGUUGUGGGUGGGGCCCAGAGCUCUCACGUCCCACUGUUCCCUGGCCAGCUUUCUCUUGCUCUCAACUAAUAAAACUUUAAAAGUCGC